UUGCCUGCUAGAGGGAUAGUGGUGAAAAUGGCGACGUCUCGUCGCGCUGCUCAACAGCAGCAGCAGCAGAGCUUCUCCUCCCCGCCGCGGGCCGCUCCAAGCCCGCUCACCCCGCCGGCCUCUCCCCCGGCCGCUGCCGCCGGGGCGGCGGUGUUACCUCCGGCCGGAGCGGAGCAGCAGGAGAGCGGCGGAGAAGCGGAGGCCAGCCCGGCCUCCCCCGACACCCCCGCCGCUCUGCUGAGCAGCAGCAGCGGCAGCAGCAGCACCUCAACCUCCCCCAGCUCCACCUCCACACCCGGCGGGGCCAGCAGCGCCUCCAGCCCGGACUCCGGCACCGCCAGCCCCGGCGGCAGUAGCGGCGGCGGCGGAGGAGGAGGAGGAGGAGGAGGAGGAGGAGGAGGAGGAGGCGCGUUCAGGGAGCUUUUCGAGGCCUGCAGGAAUGGAGACGUGUCCCGGGUAAAGCGGCUGGUGGACUCGGUCAACGUUAACGCGAAGGACAUGGCCGGCCGCAAAUCCACUCCGCUACACUUCGCUGCGGGUUUUGGACGUAAAGACGUGGUGGAGCAUCUUCUACAGACGGGGGCGAACGUUCAUGCCCGAGACGACGGCGGAUUGAUCCCUCUUCACAACGCCUGCUCCUUCGGCCACGCGGAAGUGGUGAGCCUGCUGCUGUGCCAGGGAGCCGACCCCAACGCUCGAGACAAUUGGAACUACACCCCUCUACACGAGGCUGCCAUUAAAGGAAAGAUAGACGUGUGCAUAGUGCUGCUCCAACACGGCGCCGACCCCAACAUCCGCAACACCGAUGGCAAGUCCGCGCUGGACCUGGCCGACCCCUCUGCCAAAGCCGUCCUGACAGGAGAAUACAAGAAGGACGAACUCCUGGAAGCGGCGAGGAGCGGAAAUGAAGAGAAGCUCAUGGCCCUGCUCACCCCGCUGAAUGUCAAUUGCCACGCCAGCGACGGACGCAAGUCGACAUCUCAAAAAAUGCUGUCGACUCCUUUACACCUGGCAGCAGGAUACAACAGAGUCAGAAUCGUCCAGCUUCUCCUCCAGCAUGGUGCGGACGUUCACGCAAAAGACAAAGGUGGCCUUGUUCCUCUGCACAACGCCUGCUCCUACGGUCACUACGAGGUUACAGAGCUGCUGCUGAAGCACGGAGCAUGUGUGAAUGCUAUGGACCUGUGGCAGUUUACCCCUCUGCACGAGGCAGCGUCCAAAAACCGUGUGGAGGUGUGCUCUCUUCUCCUCAGCCAUGGGGCGGACCCCACCCUGGUUAACUGUCACGGGAAGAGUGCUGUGGAUAUGGCUCCCACCCCAGAGCUUAAGGAGAGACUCACCUAUGAGUUUAAAGGCCACUCUUUGCUCCAGGCGGCUCGUGAGGCAGACAUGGCUAAAGUGAAGAAGACUCUGGCUCUGGAGAUCAUCAACUUUAAGCAUCCACAGACCCACGAAACAGCACUGCACUGUGCCGUCGCCUCGCCCCACCCGAAGAGAAAGCAGGUGACUGAGCUGCUGCUGCGCAAAGGAGCCAACGUUAACGAGAAGAACAAAGACUUUAUGACUCCUCUGCAUGUAGCAGCUGAAAGAGCUCAUAACGACAUCCUGGAGGUGCUGCAGAAACACGGGGCGAAGAUGAAUGCAGUGGACACUCUGGGACAGACAGCGCUGCACAGGGCGGCUCUGGCAGGUCAUCUUCAGACGUGUCGGCUGCUGCUGAGCUAUGGAGCAGAUCCUGCCAUCAUCUCCCUGCAGGGCUUCACCGCCGCUCAGAUGGGCAACGAGGCAGUCCAGCAGAUCCUCAACGAAAACAUUCCAGUGAGAAAUUCCGACGUGGACUACAGGCUUUUAGAGGCAGCUAAAGCAGGAGACCUGGACACUGUGAAGCAACUGUGCUCUCCUCAGAAUGUGAACUGCAGGGACCUGGAGGGUCGUCACUCCACGCCGCUGCACUUUGCAGCAGGUUACAACCGUGUGGCCGUGGUGGAGUACCUGCUGCAUCACGGAGCUGACGUCCACGCCAAAGACAAGGGAGGUCUGGUGCCGCUGCACAACGCCUGCUCUUACGGUCACUACGAGGUGGCAGAGCUGCUGGUGAGACACGGUGCGUCGGUGAACGUGGCUGACCUGUGGAAGUUCACCCCUCUACACGAGGCAGCGGCCAAGGGCAAAUAUGAGAUCUGCAAACUGCUGCUGAAGCACGGGGCCGAUCCCACAAAGAAGAACCGUGACGGGAACACGCCGUUGGACAUGGUGAAGGAAGGGGACACGGACAUCCAGGACCUGCUGAGAGGGGACGCGGCGCUGCUGGACGCGGCUAAGAAAGGCUGUCUGGCCCGAGUGCAGAAACUCUGCAGCCCUGAAAACAUCAACUGCAGAGACACGCAGGGACGAAACUCCACCCCUCUACACCUGGCAGCUGGUUAUAAUAAUCUGGAAGUAGCGGAGUAUCUUCUGGAGCACGGCGCAGACGUGAACGCACAGGACAAGGGCGGCCUCAUCCCCCUCCACAACGCAGCUUCUUACGGGCAUGUGGAUAUAGCGGCUCUGCUGAUCAAGUACAACACUUGUGUAAAUGCCACGGAUAAGUGGGCGUUCACCCCCCUGCACGAGGCAGCGCAGAAGGGUCGUACUCAGCUGUGUGCGCUGCUAUUGGCCCACGGAGCCGACCCCACCAUGAAGAACCAGGAGGGCCAGACUCCACUCGACCUGGCUACGGCUGAUGAUAUCAGAGCGCUGCUGAUCGACGCUAUGCCUCCUGACGCUCUGCCCAGCUGCUUUAAGCCUCAGGCCACCGUGGUGAGCGCCGCCGUCAUCUCCCCCGCCUCCACCCCCUCCUGCCUGUCGGCCGCCAGCAGCAUCGAUAACCUGGCAGGGCCUCUGGCUGAGCUGGCUGCGGCCGGGGCCUCGGGGCCCGCUGACGGGGCCACUGGAACUGAAAGGAAAGAAGGAGAGAUUGCCAUCCUGGACAUGAACAUCAGCCAGUUCCUGAAGAGUCUUGGUCUGGAGCAUCUGAGGGAUAUAUUUGAGCGUGAGCAGAUUACCUUGGAUGUUCUGGCAGAUAUGGGCCACGAGGAGUUAAAGGAAAUCGGUAUCAACGCUUACGGCCACCGUCACAAACUCAUCAAAGGCAUCGAGAGACUGCUGGGCGGUCAGCAAGGUGCCAACCCAUACCUGACAUUCCACUGUGCGAGUCAGGGCACAGUUCUGAUUGAUCUGGCUCCGGAUGAUAAGGAGUUUCAGUCAGUGGAGGAGGAGCUGCAAAGCACGAUCAGAGAGCACAGGGAUGGAGGAAAUGCGGGCGGAGUCUUCAGCAGGUACAACAUCCUGAAGAUCCAGAAGGUGGUGAAUAAGAAGCUGAGGGAGAGAUACGCACACAGGCAGAAAGAAAUCGCAGACGAGAACCAUAAUCACCAUAACGAGAGAAUGUUAUUCCACGGGUCCCCCUUCAUUAACGCCAUCAUCCACAAAGGCUUUGAUGAGAGACACGCUUAUAUAGGCGGGAUGUUCGGAGCAGGAAUCUACUUCGCAGAAAACUCCUCAAAAAGCAACCAGUACGUUUACGGCAUCGGCGGCGGCACCGGCUGCCCCACGCACAAGGACCGCUCCUGCUACAUCUGCCACAGGCAGAUGCUGUUUUGUCGCGUGACCCUCGGGAAGUCCUUCCUACAGUUCAGCGCCAUGAAAAUGGCUCACGCUCCACCAGGGCAUCACUCGGUCAUCGGCCGCCCCAGCGUCAACGGCCUGGCCUACGCAGAAUACGUCAUCUACAGAGGAGAACAGGCCUACCCAGAGUACCUCAUCACAUACCAGAUAGUGAAGCCGGAGAGCACAGCGCAGCCCCCAGCAGCAGCCGAGCAGAAGUCUUAGUGGGCCUGAACCCACUCUCUGUCUGCUGUGGCCUCCUGCACACUUCUCUCAGACUGUUACUCCAACAUUUCACACACUUUACGGCCUCCUCACAGCGUCUCCUCCUCUUCAACACACAGCUCCACCUCCACCAGCUCCUCUCAUCCUCUGCUGUCCUCCUGCUCCUCUUAUUUUCAUCAUUUUAACUCCAUUUCUCACAGCGUUCAGCGUUUAUACCCGGAAGUGUUGCCUUGUCUCAGCCUCAGCCUGACCGUGUACGCUCCUGACCUUCAGGACCAGCGGACGAGACCAGAGAAGAAGAGGAGGAUGAGAAGGAGAAGGAAAAAGUAGGAGAAGAAGAAGGAGGAGGAGGAGGAGGAGGAGGAGGAGGAGGAGAGUGAGGUAGCUUGAGUGAUCUUGCUGCUCACUCUGAAUGAUUUAUACAUACAGUAGAUGAUAAUAUGACACUUUAAAACAAGACUACCUUUAUAAUGAAGGGUUUAUGUAUGGUUUAUAAAGGAGAUUAUUAAUGGUUAUUAAUUAGGCUGCAAAUACUUUAAAUAAAUAACAACAUGGAUAGAAAUCACAACAGUGAGUUAAAAAAGCUAGCUAACAUGCUAACAUAAUAACAUUAGUGGCGAGUUAGCUACGCUACCGGGGAGAAAACUAAGGUUAGCGGCAAGCUAGCUAACAUAAUAACAUUAGCGGCGAGUUAGCUAUUAGCUAUGUUACCGGGGAAAGAACUAAGGUUAGUGGCAAGCUAGCUAACAUGCUAACAUAAUAACAUUAGCGGUGAGUUAGCUACAUUACUGGGAAGAGAACUAAGGUUAGUGGCAAGCUAACUAACAUGCUAAUAUAAUAACAUUAGUGGCAAGUUAGCUUCAUUACUGGGGAGAGAACUAAGGUUGGCAGCAAGCUAGCUAACAAGCUAACAUAACAACAUUAGCGGAGAGUUAGCUACGUUACUGGGGAGAUAACUAAGGUUGGCUGCAAGCUAGCUAACAUGCUAACAUGAUGACAUUAGCGGCGAGUUAGCUACUUUAUUGGGGAAAGAACUAAGGUGAGUGGCAAGCUAGCUAACAUGCUGACAUAAUAACGUUAGCGGCGAGUUAGCUAUUAGCUAUGUUACCGGGGAAAGAACUAAGGUGAGUGGCAAGCUAGCUAACAAGCUAACAUAAUAACAUUAGCGGCGAGUUAGCUACGUUAAUGUGGAGAGAACUAAGGUUGGCAGCAAGCUAGCUAACAAGCUAACAUAAUAACAUUAGCGGCGAGUUAGCUACAUUACUGGGGAGAGAACUAAGGUUAGUGGCAAGCUAGCUAACAAGCUAACAUAAUAACAUUAGCGGCGAAUUAGCUACGUUACUGGGGAGAGAACUAAGGUUAGUGGCAAGCUAGCUGACAAGCUAACAUAAUAACAUUAGCGGCGAGUUAGCUACGUUAAUGUGGAGAGAACUAAGGUUGGCAGCAAGCUAGCUAACAAGCUAACAUAAUAACAUUAGCGGCGAGUUAGCUACAUUACUGGGGAGAGAACUAAGGUUAGUGGCAAGCUAGCUAACAAGCUAACAUAAUAACAUUGGCAGUGAGUUAGCUACGUUAAUGUGGAGAGAACUAAGGUUAUCAGCAAGCUAGCUAACAAGCUAACAUAAUAACAUUAGCGGCGAGUUAGCUACGUUAAUGUGGAGAGAACUGUUGUAUUUAGUAACUAAGCAAACAGCGGAUCACUGUUGCCUUUUUAAUUGAUGUGUUGUAACUGCUUAUCAAUGGUUUUAAGGCAUUUACGACCUAAUCAAUAAUACUUAAUAAUCUAGUUUAUAAACCAUUUAUAAACCGUUUAUAAGGGUAGUCUUAUUUUAAAGUGGUACUGAUGAUGAUGUGUAAAACAGAAACAGUAAAAGACAACAAGUGACCUCUUUUCCACCCCCUUUUCUUACCCUUUAAAAUCUUUAAAAUACUGUUUUAAUUUCCAGCGCCUAAACGAACAACAAGCAUCACGGCAGAGAUUCAUUCAUGUAGCUUAUUUUUCUUUUUUAUGACCUUCCUUGUGAUUUAUUGAUUUAUUGAUUUAUUUACACUAUGACGUGGACUAUGGACCAUGUCGCCGUUACAUAUACUACACACACACACACUGCACAGGGACCUAAGAAACCUGCCGUUUAUCCGUUUUAACCGUUUAUCCCUUUUAUUUGACCUUGUGUUUGACUUUAUUUCACUCAAUGACGUUCCGUGAAGCCGCUCGGCUGUUCCUGCUGUUGUUGUUGUGAGCGUUUACUUUUUUGUUAAAUUUUUUUUUGGUAAAACGAAUUGUUCUGAAAGCCUUAGAAAGGUUUCUUAGUGGGCACAGAAGGUGGACACACGCGGAAACUCAACUCAACUCAAUUCAACUCGUUCUCUGAGGAAAAAUUCCUUACUAAAGCCUUUAAUAGUUAAAUAAGUAAGAUAUUAACACUUCACGUCCACUUGGGGUUAGUUCGAUUUUGCACAGGAAGAAUCCGGUCGUGACGUUCAACACUCUUUCAACACUCUUUCAACUCGUAGCUCGAUGCUAAAUCAGCUUUUUAAUGACUUGCACUUUUAGCCAGGAUUUAAGUUAUUCUAAAGGAACUGAAAAACAAGCGUUGAAUGAUAGUGACAGAAGUGUCCUGUGAUGUACUGGUUCUGUAACAGACGAUGCCUUGAAUGCGGUGAAUCUCGCGGUGGUGCUGUUCGCUGGUGAAAGAGAGAGAGAGAGAGAGAGAGAGAGAGGGGGGGG